AUGAAGACCUUGACCAAUAGUUUCCUCCUUGGCAGCCUGGUGAUGGUUUCCUGCCUGCCUUUGGUGGUAACGUCUCCUAACACACUGGCUAUCCCCAAAAGGCUGCGAGAAGCUGUGGGGAAAGUGAUCGUCAAUGCCACCGCCUGUACUGUCACCUGUGGCCUUGGCUACAAGGAGGAGACCGUCUGUGAGGUGGGCCCUGAUGGAGUGAGGAGGAAUUGUUCGUCUCAGCGCCUGGAGUGUUUGACCAACUGGAUCUGCGGAAUGCUCCACUUCACUGUCCUCACUGGGGAGCAGUUUGAGCUCAGCUGCCUGAGUCCAGAGAUCCUGGAAGUUGGGCAGGAAGCUUUUCGGUUCACCUGGAGACUCGCACGGGGUAUCAUCUCCACUAAUGAUGAGGUCUUCAGGCCCUUUCGAGCCCACUCCUACUUUGUGAAGUUUCUACCUGCUCAGGAGUAUGACUCCGGGACCUACCGCUGUGACGUGCAGCUGUUGAAAAACCUGAAGUUCGUCAAGAGGCUGUAUUUUGGGCUGAGGGUUCUUCCUCCUAACUUGGUGAACCUGAAUUUCUAUCAGUCCCUUACUGAUGAUCAAAAGUUAGUAGGUGAGGGCCUGGAAGUCAAUCUGACAAACCAUUCUAUGCCUCAUCACCCAUCGUGGAAAAAGAAGGUGGCAUCGGCUGUGGGAAUAGGAAUCACCAGUGGAGUGGUGGGUGGGGCGCUGGUAAGUGCAGCGCUCUGCAGAGCUUGGAGGCCAACCUCUGGCCACUGACUGCCUCCAGCAUUCAUGAGGCUGUUUCCCAAGGGUCUGGCUGUCGGAAACCCACCUACCUUCCUUUUCCUGCUGCCUGAUAGUGUGUCACCCAAGGGGAGGGGUUCCCACCACCCAAAGAACAAGUGGGAACGGGUGGGGGAGAACCUCCUGGGAGCUGUGAGCAGUCAUUUCUAACUGAUCUCUUUCCUGAGCACUUGCCCAUCAGAAUCUGACUGUAGGCACUGGGCCUGUUCCUGAGAAGGGAUCUGUCCUCCAAGCCCAAGUUCAUUUAGUUUUCCCUGCUUUAUGAUUUACUGGUGUGCCUCACACCUCUGUUUCAAACAGUGGGUUUCUGUAAAAUUUACUAAUAGCUUUUCUAGUGAAAAUACUUUCCCCCUAUUCAAUAAAAAUAAUUCACAAUA